AUGAACAACAUAAAGCAAGACGGAAAACAUCUGCUCAAAGUGCUCAGAGCAACAGGAGCCAGCGGCGCUCUCCCACUGCACAAGGCAGCUAAUGCAAAACGCCCGCAAUCACCUCCUCGGCGUUUCCAUUGCAGUCCGUCGCACAAAUUCGUAGGGGCUGUGGACUCUCCUAGCGUUAUUGUUAAGAAAGUAAACAGUACUACGCCGCUUGAAGAACCUCCAACUGUAGAGUCACAGCAGCCAUUCAGACACAUCAUACUGUGCAAGCGCAAGUUGCUGCUAUACCCAUUCAUUCCGUUACUGGCGCUGGCAUUAAUAUUUGCAGGCACAUCUACGUUCUUUCAAAACUCGAAGCCUGCUAUGCCCCUGCACAAUCAUACUGAGCAUACAUUGAGAAUAUUGUCAACGGGUAGAAAUAAUACCCCAAUAUAUCAAAACGAUUCCACGGAGGACUACGAUACCUGCUCUACGAUCCCUUGCAAGCGGGAUGGAGCCUAUCUGUAUGGCCUUUUGUCCUGGCAUCUAGACCCUUGUGACAACUUUUAUCGGUUCGUCUGCAGUCGCUGGAAAAGCGUCGUUGGUGCCACAAACACUGACCUGAAACUUGAUGUCUCGGCCACUGUUUGGGACGAUCGAAGCCAUCAUCUGGAGUACAGUGUGCACACUCUUUUGCUAAGAAGCCACACUGCGGAAGACCUAACACCACUCAAACGACUCUUCUACGAGUGCAUGAAUACGCGCCAAUUGGACACCGAUGACUGGGCACCGAUGCUGGAACUACUAUGGCUAGUAGGCCUGGAAGGUUUUCCAUUUAGCUCCUCCCUGCACCGUAACAGCACCUCAAUAUGGGCGGUGGCCGCCAAAGUGCUCAAGAUGACAGGAGCCGAAACGCUACUGAGCAUGUUCACCUUAGCACAUCCAUCGAAGGCGAACGCGGACAUUAUCAGCGUUGGUCCGCCCGAUAUGUUGGCGCCAAAAGGCAGCUCUCAGCAGCAGGCAACGCAGUUCUACAACAGUACAGCUUUCGCCUGCAUGAUUUCUCUCAAGAAACAGCGCAACCCGUCUAUCUACUCACUCGAGGUGGCUUCUCUCGCGUGGCGUCUCGAAGAGCUCGUCUACACCCACACAGUGAUGGCUGGACUGCCGAAGCGCCGUAUACAACCUCUCAAGGCGCAACCCGAUGUUUCUAGUUUUCUUGGCGAGUUUUUUCCUAGCAUCGGCUCGGCGCUAUACAUUGGUAGCCACACAGAAGUCUUGGUUCGUUCUCCGGUCUUCUUUGACGCCCUGAAUAGCCUGGUGCACUCCACUGAACCCUACAUCCUCAUGAACUAUAUCGGAAUUAGGUUGAUGAUUGCGGUGGCUGCUUUCGCGCCUUCCUCAGGCCGUCUUCUUGUGCAGACUAUGGUGGAACACCAGUAUGGUAGAGCACGACCCUCACUGCCCCGCUGGAAACUGUGCAUCCGUACGAUAGAAAGAGCGAUUCCCGACUUGUUUUUGCACGCAGUGCGACUCGCCUACAAGACCCAGUUCGCCAUGGACUCUGUGCAGAGGCUGCUGGAUUCGAUCAGGCAGUCACUUGCCGGUGACUUGGCCAAACUGGCCGUCCUUGAUCAAGAAUCGCGUGCCCAGGCUUUGGCACUGCUGAAUGUUACACAAUUUCGACUUUUUAGACCAUCAUGGCUGACCAACAAGGAAAAACUGGAAAGCUAUGUGAGCGCGUUGCCUCGCGUAGUGCGAGGCCAGAACCUGCGGUCCUUUCACGCGCUUCACAGUCACAGUUUCGCUGAGAUGCUUCGCCGAGAUCAGGCCGACCGGUGGCAGGGUUCAGCUUUUGACCACGAUUGCAGCUAUGACGGAAAGGUGGUGUUUGUGCCUGUUCUCCUUUUUAACUUUUCUGUGUUUAACCAUGGUGCUGACCAGAGCCUAGGUUUGCCACACGCCGGCGUGCGCCUUGCUCGUUGCUUGCUGCAGCUGCUUCUGGCCAACAUCUCUCAGGGCGCGACUGCCGCCGUCGGACGCCUCUGGUGGCCUGACAUGGCCAGCUCGUUCCUAGCCGACUCCCAGCUCUGCUUCCAACAGUACGGCCUGCCACAUGUCGGCUCCCUCCAGUUGCUCGAGUACACGGCCGCCAUCAAGCCCGCCAUGGAUUUGUACCAGGAGGACAAGCGAGUCGACAUUCGCUUUAACACACUUCCAGCUUAUAGUGCCGUGCACCUUUUUUAUGUUUACUAUGCCCUUUCUUCCUGUCAAGAGUCAAAAUCGGACAACGCCACCGAGGUGGCUAGUUAUUUGACCAACGUGCCGCUCUGGAAUAACCGACUGUUUCAGGAGACUUUUCGUUGUCCUGUUGGUUCCCACAUGAAUCCUCCCAAUAAGUGCGUUCUCUGGCGGGAAGCUCACUAG